AAUUUCAAACUAUAAAUCAAUACCCCAUCAACAUACCUUCUGUGCCAAGAUGUUAUUGUAAAAGACCAAUUGUAUUGACAAGAAUUACUACACCUGGUAAUAUUGGAAGAUGGUAUAUGGCUUGUGCAAGUUAUCACGUUAGUGUACCGGGAGCAAAGCCUAAAUGUUCAUUUUUUAAGUGGGCUGAUGAAGUUUUAUAUGAUAAAAAUGACCAAUGUUUUCAUGAUGAUUUUUACAAAUUUGAACAAGUAUUUAUUAGGGAACCAACUUAUCAAAAUUGGCGAAAAAGAUUGGUUUACAUUCAAGAUGCUCAUAUUAACAAUCGUGAUGAUGACAAUUUUUUAACUAGUAUCAAUAAUAAUUUUAUACAUUCUUCUGAUCCCACAAGAGUGAAGAUUGCUGGAUUAGAUUUUUAG